AUGGCUGCGCUGGGGGACGAGGUGCUGGAUGCUCACAUGUAUCCGGCCGCCUGCGCCCCUUACUCGUACCCGUACCCCUACCCGCCCGCCCCCAAGGGCAAGGGCGCUGCUGCGCGAGAGGCUUGGCGGCCCCGCGGCGGAGGCUACCCUCCCGCCGCCCCCGCCUCGUCGUCCUUCCCGGGCUACGGGCAGCUCACCGCCGCCGAGUACUUCGAGAACUACCAGCGAGCGCAACUCAUGGCCCUGCUGUCUCAGAUGAGCCCGGGCCUGGGCCCGCCGCCCCGCAGGCCCAGCAGCCGCGACGUGGCGGUGCAAGUGAACCCGCGCCGCGACGCCUCGGUGCAGUGCUCGCUGGGGCGGCGCACGUUGGCGCGCCGGGCGCGCGACCCCGGGUCCCCGGCCUCCCCGCAGCCGGCCCGCCGGGCGCCCGAGACGGCCAGCUCCCCGCGGCCGGUGCGCUUCCCGCGCACCGUCGCCGUGUACUCGUCCGUGGUCUCCCGCCGCCUCGCCGCCUUCCUGGAGGAGGCUGAGGCGGCGGUGGACGGCGAGCAGAGGCCCGGGGCGCGGGAGGGAGAGCGUGGGCCGCCGGCCGCCAGGCCCCCGCAGGGCCCCGAGGAGGGCGAGGCGUCGGCGCCGGAGCAGUCUCGGUCUCCUGGGUCGGACGAGGAGGUGGAGGAGGGAGAACCAGAGGAGGAGAAGGAGGAGGCCCAGGCCGCGCUGCGGGCGAGCUGGGAGCAACCCGCCGACCGGGACCCGCCCAGGCUGCCGCCGCGGGAGACCCGGCCGGGCAAGGAGCGCCUGCGCUUCCAGUUCUUAGAACAGAAAUACGGUUAUUACCACUGCAAGGACUGUAACAUCCGGUGGGAGAGUGCCUACGUGUGGUGUGUCCAGGGCACCAACAAGGUUUACUUCAAACAGUUUUGCAGAACAUGUCAGAAGUCUUAUAAUCCUUACCGCGUGGAGGACAUCACGUGCCAGAGUUGUAAACGCACUAGAUGCUCCUGCCCAGUGAAGGUCCGCCACGUGGACCCUAAGCGGCCCCAUCGGCAAGAUCUGUGUGGGCGAUGCAAAGGCAAGCGCCUGUCCUGCGACAGCACGUUCAGCUUCAAGUACAUCAUCUGA